AACCAGCACCGCCGGGACUCGGAUGGUGCGCGCACCGCCGGCCAGAAACAUCUUCCCAGCGCUGCUCUCCAUCUUCCGCCCUCUCUCCCCCGACAUCCUCCCCCCCCCCAUGUGGGAGGGGAAACUUUUCUCCUACAUACUUUCGAGUCCCUCUCGGGCCGAGAAGCGCGGAGAUGACGGCGCCCGCCCGCCGCCGCAAGGUUGCUUCAACUCUGUGCUCCAGAGGUGGUAGCUUUGACGUGUGACCCUGCCCACGUCUGGGCUCCAGCCGCGCCAGCCCCUCAGUAAGGAGGGCCAGCUUGAUAAGACGACGAAAACAGUGUCAACAAGUGAUACAAGAGAAGAAAAAAAAAGAAGCGAACGCAGACUCCUUUCCUACUCCACGUGGAUGAUAGCUAUAGCAGGGGAAAGUCUCAUAGUGUAUCAGUUGGGGCAGAAAAUGGAGUUCUAUGACAGAGGCUUCUUAGAAGCUUAAACCUUUGACCCAAUGACGUCAAGUUCGCCCAUUGGCUUGGAAGGUUCAGACUUGUCUUCCGUCAACACCAUGAUGUCAGCGGUAAUGAGUGUAGGGAAGGUCGCCGAGAAUGGCGGGAGCCCCCAGAGCACCAAGUCCCCCACGAAGCCUCCAGGACCAAAUCGGAUUGGCAGAAGGAACCAGGAAACGAAGGAGGAGAAGUCUUCCUAUAACUGUCCCCUGUGUGAAAAGAUUUGCACUACACAGCACCAGCUAACCAUGCACAUCCGUCAGCAUAACACGGACACUGGAGGGGCAGACCAUUCGUGCAGCAUCUGUGGGAAGUCGCUGAGUUCGGCCAGCUCCCUGGACCGCCACAUGCUGGUGCACUCUGGCGAGAGGCCGUACAAAUGUACUGUGUGCGGCCAGUCAUUCACCACCAAUGGGAACAUGCACAGACAUAUGAAGAUUCAUGAGAAGGACCCUAACAGUGCUACAGCUACGGCCCCCCCAUCCCCACUGAAGCGCCGGCGGCUGUCCUCCAAGAGGAAACUGAGUCAUGAUGCCGAGUCAGAGAAGGAAGACCCAGCACCUGCUAAAAAGAUGGUGGAAGAUGGGCAGUCGGGUGACUUGGAGAAGGUCGAUGAAGUGUUUCACUGCCCCAUAUGCUUCAAGGAGUUUGUUUGCAAGUAUGGACUGGAGACCCACAUGGAGACCCACUCAGAUAACCCACUAAGAUGUGACAUUUGCUGCGUAACAUUUCGAACACAUCGAGGACUGCUGCGCCACAACGCACUUGUCCACAAACAACUUCCCAGGGACUCCAUGGGAAGGCCUUUCAUUCAGAACAACCCUUCCAUCCCUGCUGGCUUCCAUGACUUAGGAUUCACUGACUUCUCCUGUAGGAAGUUUCCUCGAAUUUCUCAGGCCUGGUGUGAGACAAACCUACGAAGGUGCAUCAGCGAGCAGCACCGUUUCGUCUGCGAUACAUGUGACAAGGCGUUCCCCAUGCUCUCCUCGCUCGCCCUGCACAGGCAGACCCACGUCGCCACGGACCAGGGACGGGAAAGGCUGCAGGCCAAGACCCUGCCCGGGGACGCUCUGGACCAGAAGGUCUUCCUGGCCUUGCUGGGCCUGCAGCACACCAAAGACGCCAGGCCUGCCCCUGCCGAGGAGCCCUUGCCCGAUGACAACCAAGCAAUACAGCUCCAGACACUCAAGUGUCAGCUACCUCAGGACCCCGGCUGCACCAACAUGCUGAGUCUGUCUCCUUUCGAAGCUGCUUCCUUGGGCGGCUCUCUCACGGUCCUCCCGGCUACCAAGGACAGCAUGAAGCACCUGUCCCUGCAGCCCUUCCAGAAGGGCUUCAUCAUCCAGCCCGACAGUAGUAUUGUGGUCAAGCCCAUCUCUGGCGAGUCGGCCAUCGAGCUGGCUGACAUCCAGCAGAUUCUGAAGAUGGCAGCCUCCGCCCCCCCUCAGAUCAGUCUUCCGCCUCUCUCCAAGGCCCCUGCUGCCCCUCUGCAGGCCAUCUUCAAACAUAUGCCCCCUCUGAAGCCAAAGCCCCUGGUCACCCCGCGGACGGUGGUGGCCGCGUCCACGCCCCCGCCUCUCCUCAAUGCCCAGCAGGCCUCCCCGGGCUGCAUCAGCCCCAGCCUCCCCCCGCCGCCCCUGAAGCUCCUCAAAGGCCCCAUGGAGGCAGCCUCCAGUGCCCACCUGCUGCCGUCCCCAGCCGGAGCCCAGCCAGACACCGCCGCGCAGCUCUUCCUGCAGCAGCCGCGGGUGGACCUGCCGGGCCAGGCCGAGAUGAAGACGCAGCUGGAGCAAGAUAGCAUCAUCGAGGCCUUGCUGCCCCUGAGCAUGGAGGCCAAGAUCAAGCAGGAGAUAACGGAGGGGGACCUCAAGGCCAUCAUGACCGGGCCCGGCGGCAAGAAGACGCCAGCCAUGCGCAAGGUGCUCUACCCCUGCCGCUUCUGCAACCAGGUGUUCGCCUUCUCCGGGGUGCUGCGCGCCCACGUGCGCUCCCACCUGGGCAUCUCGCCCUACCAGUGCAACAUCUGCGACUACAUCGCCGCCGACAAGGCCGCGCUCAUCCGCCACCUGCGCACGCACAGCGGCGAGCGGCCCUACAUCUGCAAGAUCUGCCACUACCCCUUCACCGUCAAGGCCAACUGUGAGCGCCACCUGCGCAAGAAGCACCUCAAGGCCACCCGCAAGGACAUCGAGAAGAACAUCGAGUACGUGAGCAGCAGCGCUGCCGAGAUGGUGGACGCCUUCUGCUCCCCGGACACGGUGUGCCGGCUGUGCGGCGAGGACCUGAAGCACUACCGCGCGCUGCGCAUGCACAUGCGCACGCACUGUGGCCGCGGCCUGGGCGGCUGCCCCAAGGGCCGCAAGCCCUUCGAGUGCAAGGAGUGCAGCGCCGCCUUCUCGGCCAAGCGCAACUGCGUCCACCACAUCUUGAAGCAGCACCUGCACGUGCCCGAGCACGACAUCGAGAGCUAUGUCCUGGCGGCCGACGGCCUGAGCCCGGCCCACGCGGCUGCCGAGGCCUCGGGGAGGAUCGAGGACGGUGGCGGGACCUUUGGCGAACGUAAACCCCUGGCUCCCUUCCCGGAGCCGCAGAACGGCUUUCUUCACGGGGGCCCCCCCCAGCCUCUGCCUCCCCACGUCUCCGUCAAGUUGGAGCCCGCCAGCAGCUUCCCGGUGGACUUCAACGAGCCCCUGGACUUUUCCCAGAAGGGCCUGGCCCUGGUCCAGGUGAAGCAGGAGAAUGUCCCCUCCUUCCUGAGCCCCUCCUCCUCGGCGCCCUAUGACUGCUCCAUGGAGCCCAUUGACCUGUCCAUCCCCAAGAACUUCAGGAAAGGAGACAAAGAUGUGACUGCUCCCGGCAAAGCCAAGAAGCCUGAGCAGGAACCAGGGAGCGGCGAGCAGCCAUCUCCCUGUCCUCCGCCGUGCCCUACCCUGCCAGUGACCUUGGGGCCCAGCGGAAUCCUGGAAAAACCCAUGGCCUCUGCAGCCACCACUCUGGAAGCCCACGCUCAACCCCUGCAGGGCUCUGUUCAGCUUGCUGUCCCCAUCUACUCGCCGGCUCUGGUCAACAGCUCCCCCAUCUUGGGCAAUCCCACCCUCAUCAGCAGCCCAGCGGUGUUGCGGCCGCUGCGCCCCAAGCCCCCGCUGCUCUUGCCAAAGCCCCCCGUGACAGAAGAGCUGCCCCCACUGGCCUCCAUCGCCCAGAUCAUCUCAUCUGUGUCCUCGGCCCCCACCUUGCUGAAAGCGAAGGUGGCCGACCCGGGGCCCACGAGCCCUGACAGUAACAGCACAGCUCUGGACAGCUUAGGAAGCGCGGCCCCCAGGGCUGCCGCCGCCCCCGCCAGCACCACCAGCCCAAAAGAAUCCAGCGACCCGUCCCCUCCUGCCAACAGCCCGGAGGCGCCCUCACCCACCGAGCAGGGGCCAGUGGGCUUGUCCAAGAAGAGGGGCCGGAAAAAGGGCAUGAGGAGCCGGCCCCGCUCCAGCAGCGGCGGGGUGGACCUGGACUCCAGCGGGGAGUUUGCCAGCAUCGAGAAGAUGCUCGCCACGACGGACACCAAUAAGUUCAGUCCGUUUCUACAGACUACAGAGGAUGACGCUCAGGAUGAAGUGGCCGGAGCCCCCGCGGACCCCCACGGGCCCAGUGACGAAGAGCAGGGCAGCCCUCCCGAAGACAAGCUGCUGAGGGCCAAGCGGAACUCCUACGCCAACUGCCUGCAGAAGAUCAACUGUCCCCACUGCCCCCGGGUCUUCCCCUGGGCCAGCUCCCUCCAGAGGCACAUGCUCACACACACUGGUCAGAAACCCUUCCCUUGUCAAAAAUGCGAUGCCUUCUUUUCUACCAAAUCUAACUGUGAACGCCACCAGUUGCGCAAACACGGAGUUACCAACUGUUCCCUGAGAAGAAACGGGCUUAUCCCCCAGUCAAAAGAGAGUGAUGUUGGACCCCAUGAUAGCACAGAUAGCCAGUCGGACGCAGACACGCCAGCGGCGGGGGGCGAAGUGCUGGACCUCACCUCCCGCGAGAAAGAGCAGCCGACGGCCGAGGGAGCCCCUGAGCCCGGCCAGGUCCAGGAGGAGCUCCCCGCGGAGGACGUGCCGCAGGGAGCGGCCGCGCCCCCCGGGGAUGGGGAGGAGCAGGGAGCCGGUGAGAGCCAGGAGCACGACGACAAGCGCGGUGUGGAGGAGAGGGACGAGGACGCAGACGGCCCGGAGGAAGACACCGUCAGCAACAAGAGCCUGGACCUCAACCUCGCCAGCAGGCUGAUGGGCUUCAAGCUCGCCGAGGGCGACGCGGGCGCGGCGGGCAGCGGGGGCCCCGCCCCGCAGGACCAGAAGCACGCCUGCGACGUCUGCGGCAAGAGCUUCAAGUUCCAGGGGACCCUGAGCCGCCAUAGGAAGGCCCAUGGCCGCGAGGAGCCCCGGGAGGACGGCCCGGGCGCCAGCGGAGGAGGGGCCGAGGGCCCGCUGCCCGGCCCCGCCGGGGCCACCGCGCCCGAGCCGGAGGAGAAGCCGGCCCAGGCCUCGGAGGAGCCCCCGGCGGAAGCGGUGGCCUCGUCGUCGUCGGAGGCGUCGGGGGAGAAGCCGGGCGAGGAGGCGGAGGGCGCCUCGGACGGGGAGAGCGUGGCCGAGAAGAAGUCCUCGGAGAAGAGUGAUGACGACAAGAAGCCAAAGACGGACUCCCCGAGAAGCGCGGCCAGCAAGGCAGACAAGAGGAAGAAGGUGUGCAGCGUGUGCAACAAGAGGUUCUGGUCCCUGCAGGACCUGACUCGGCACAUGAGGUCCCACACAGGAGAAAGGCCAUACAAGUGUCAGACCUGCGAGCGAACCUUCACCCUGAAGCACAGCCUGGUUCGCCAUCAGCGUGUCCACCAGAAGGCCAGGCACGCCAAGCAGCACGGGAAGGACAGCGACAAGGAGGAGCGGGGUGAGGAGGACAGUGAGAGCGAGUCCACCCACAGCGGCAACAACCCCGUCUCGGAAAACGAGGCCGACUCAGCUCCACCAGCCAGCAACCACGUGGCUGUCACCCGGAGCCGGAAGGAGAGCCUGGCCAACGCCACCAAGGAUCCCGGCCUCAGGGAGGAGCGGGCGGCAGGGCGGACGGCGGGUGCCGGCCAGGGUGACCCUGACCCGGAGAGCCCGGCGGCCGUCGGGCAGGACCUGCCAGAGCUGCAAGGCAAGAGGCCCGCCCACCCCAUCCUGGCCGCGGACGGUGCCUCGCCACUCCUGGGGAGGGAAUGACAGCCCAUUGUGUCCCCCCCACCAGCACACAGACGAAAGCCAGCAGAGCAGAGUGUCCUGAAUCUGUAUUUCAUGAGGUUUCCCCAGUGCCCUUCAGCUGUAGGGGAGUGAGAGAGAGAGAGAGAAUGAGAGAGACACGAGCAGGAGGGGGCCGUCUCGCCCGGUGCCAUAGCCUUACGUCUCUGCGCAGGAGACGCAGCAUGCACACUUCCAGUGCCUUAAGUACUCACCAGCCCUUCGGUGUCAGCCUGGGUGUUGUGUUUCCCCAAAAUGACUUUUUGAAAAACAAAGCAAAUAUUUUAAUGAAUUAUUUGGAGAGGACCUUUUCAUUUAAGCAUUAACGUUACCUUCUGUAUUGGUGUGUGUGAGCUUGUUCUUGCGAAUCUGUGAUAGUAACGUAUGUUCUGUGAGCUGGAAACAGAAGAAAAAAAAA